AUGAUAUUCCCUGUACUCCCGCUGGCCAUCUUGCUGCCUGCCGUCACCGCAGACUUCGAGCUAUACCAAGUCGGUCUCGGCGGCAACGGCCUCACCCCCAACGUCGAGGCUGGCAAGUCUACCAGAACGAAGCCAACUGCCACAACGCACUGGACUGUCUAUGGCCCGGCGUACUACAAAGCGGAUGACGGUGGGCUGUAUGGACUCGAUGGGAGGCGCGUGGGACGGUGCUAUCCGUGGCCAGGACCGUGGCUUGAUUGCGGGCUAAAGGUGGGCAAGGUGCAGGGUAUGCGGGAGAUCAAGUGCGAGGUCCAGGCGGAUGUGUCGGAGAUCAUUGAGGGACAUCCGAUCCAUAUUCCGGUGAUCGAGAGUGAGGGAGUGGGAGUGCAGCAGGGCAACGGCUCCGAAGCAGGAGAUAAGGUCAAGGCGCCUUCAGCACAUUAG